CUCCUUUUCGUGUCUUCCCCAAUCACACUUUAUUCCUCAAUUACCUGGCUAGUUGAAUACCGGGCGACGUUACACGAUGCGUGCUAUUGGUCUCAGCUAUCUGUCCCUGAGCUUUGCUCGGCCUGUGUUGUCCGUUUGCCCCCGGUUACAAGAGAGUCUAGUCACCGCCUUAGGCAGUUAUGCAGGUCUCUCGACCUUCCGAGAGAUGCUAAACAGUCAUCCUGGGUUCUUGAACUUGGUGGUGCCAAAUGACACGGGGAGAGUCACAGCAUUGAUACCCGAUGAUGAGGCUCUGCAUGCUUUCUCGGCGCAAAACGGCGAACUGCGGUCGAUACCUGAAGAUGGACUAGUCACCAUCUUCAAGUAUCACUUCAUGGUCUCCGAGGUCAAAGGCUCAAGUUUCAUAGCGCCGGUUGGAAUUAAGGUACCCACGUGGCUUGAGAAUGAAGAAUUCAACAACCGCUCUGCAUCGGCGGCUUUGGCGCAGCGGUUCGUCAAGGUCCGAGACGGAGGUGUUAGUGGAGAUGUCGAGCUUAGAGGAGGCAUGGGCUUAGGCGGCGAUCUCAAUACCCUCGACGGCCAGUGGGAUGCACCUAACAGUCAAGCCUUCGCGGCCGCGGGGAACCCAGACCAGAACCUUGACAGAGACCAAUUGAAGAAUGCCCUGCUUUUCCACACUCUGCCGUUUCCGGCUUACUCCAACUUCCUCGAGGACGGCCAGGAGAUUGUCUCGCUGGCGAAUAUGACGGUGCGCGUCAGCAUGCGCAACGGUGAGACGUACUUUAAUGAUGCGAGGCUCGUCUCUCCCAAUGUCUUAACGAAUAACAGGUUGAUCCAUGUGCUGGAUAGGGUCAUGUCGCCGUUGAAUGAUCCGGCAGCAGCUGCGCCAACGGGAAGUGAAACAGGGACUGCCACUGCUCCGGGUACGCAGACGGAGACGGAGACGGCUCAACCAAGUACGAAUACCGGUAGGUUGAUGGUGCGAAACGAGGUUUUAGCCGGUUUGAUUGUAUUUUCUUUCGUAGGCCGAGGGAUGUAGUGUAGUGCAGCUCAAUUCGGGAUUCGAAAAUUCAGAUACCAUAUGUCCAGUUAAUGGCAUCCCAGCAGAUUUGGAGAUUGAAAUUAGAUAGAUGCAGGAUCUAUAAAGAGGUAUCGAUAACUUGCGAGAGUAAAAGCACUGGGUCACCACUUAAGAAUGAGUGCAAUGGUAAGGUGGCGCCAUAAGAUGUUUCUUAAUCC